CAAACACCUACUACCUCUCUCUGCCUUCAUCGCACCAACCCACGCUCCCCUCUCGCUCUCUGUCGGUCUCAUCUUCUCUCUCUUUCUUUCUCUAGCUAAAAUUCUUUCUUUCUCUCGCUAGAAUUUCCAAUAUUUUGGUGUUUGAGUUUGUUGAAUAGCUAACUCAAAUAUAAUCGUGUUCAUUUCGCAACAGAUAAAAGACACUUUUUUUUAUUUUAUUUUUUAAAUUCAAAAAAAAAAAAAAGUUUUAUGAUAUACGGUAAAUAAUUCCCAUAAAACAACAAUAUUUCCAAAUCCAAAAAUUCAUUCGAUUUUCUUUCAUUCUCGUGAUUUACAACAAAUCACUAGAUCUCGUUUUUUUGAUGUUGAAAAAAUCACAUUGAUUCAAUGUCGGUGAUUUCGAAUUCUGUUGUUCAAACUCGAAACAACAACAACAACUCGGUGAUUCCUUCGAUUACCAAGCCUUUUGUGGCUUUGAACCGAGUUCGUAUUACAAAAGCUUUUGUUGAUAAAAGGUCUAAAACAAAAUCAAAUGUUUUGGAGAAUAGAUUUUGUGGAACCAAAUUGAGAGCUUGUGAAAGAUUGCAUCUUUGGCAAUCGGAUGGUCCGGGUUUGGAUCCGAAGCUCAAAGUCGUGGUGCGAUCAGCAUUGUCGCAAGUUCCCGAGAAGCCUCUCGGUCUCUAUGAUCCUUCGUUCGAUAAGGACUCGUGUGGGGUGGGGUUUGUUGCUGAAUUGUCCGGAGAAAGUAGCCGGAAAACGGUGACUGAUGCGGUGGAGAUGUUGAUAAGGAUGUCACAUAGAGGUGCUUGUGGAUGUGAGACUAAUACUGGUGAUGGGGCUGGCAUUCUUGUAGCUCUUCCUCACCAGUUCUACAAGGAGGUUGCCAAAGAUGUGGGUUUUGAGCUACCACCUCCAGGGGAGUAUGCCGUGGGCAUGUUCUUCUUGCCUACAUCUGAAAAUCGAAGGGCACAAAGCAAAAUCGUAUUUACUAAGGUUGCGGAGUCUCUCGGGCAUACUGUCCUUGGCUGGCGCACUGUCCCAACAGAUAACUCAGGAUUGGGAAACUCUGCUUUGCAGACCGAACCUGUUAUUGAGCAAGUGUUUCUUACGCCCACUCCUAAGUCUAAAGUCGAUUUUGAGCAACAGUUAUACAUAUUAAGGAGGGUUUCAAUGGUGGCUAUCCGAGCUGCAUUAAACCUCCAACAUGGUGGAGUGAGGGACUUCUAUAUAUGUUCGCUUUCCUCAAGGACCGUUGUCUAUAAAGGUCAAUUGAAGCCCAACCAGUUGAAGCAAUACUAUUAUGCAGAUCUUGGCAAUGAAAGGUUUACGAGCUACAUGGCCCUGAUACACUCUCGAUUCUCAACAAACACAUUUCCUAGCUGGGAUCGUGCUCAGCCUAUGCGUGUCUUAGGUCAUAAUGGGGAAAUUAACACACUUCGGGGCAAUGUAAAUUGGAUGAAGGCACGUGAGGGUCUUCUGAAGUGCAAGGAACUUGGUCUGUCAAAGAAUGAGAUGAAGAAGCUUCUACCCAUUGUAGAUGCCAGCUCAUCUGACUCAGGGGCUUUUGAUGGUGUCCUUGAGCUUUUGGUUCGAGCUGGUAGAAGUCUUCCUGAAGCUGUCAUGAUGAUGAUCCCGGAAGCCUGGCAAAAUGAUAAGAAUAUGGAUCCUCAUCGAAAAGCCUUGUACGAGUACUUUUCAGCCCUCAUGGAACCAUGGGACGGGCCUGCUCUGAUAUCCUUUACUGAUGGCCGCUAUCUUGGAGCUACACUGGACCGAAAUGGAUUGCGUCCAGGACGAUUUUAUGUCACACACAGUGGGCGAGUUAUAAUGGCAAGCGAAGUUGGAGUAGUUGAUAUUCAACCUGAAGAUGUGUGCAGGAAAGGAAGACUUAACCCUGGUAUGAUGCUUCUGGUGGAUUUUGAGAAGCAUGUUGUUGUUGACGAUGAAGAGCUGAAGCAGCAGUAUUCACUUUCAAGACCUUAUGGAGAGUGGCUUAAAAGGCGAAAGAUAGAGCUGAAAGACAUAGUUGAAUCUGUUAGCAAAUCUCAGAGGGUUCCUCAGGCUAUAGCAGGAGUUUUGCCCGCAUCUAAUGAUGACGACAACAUGGAAAAUAUGGGCAUUCAUGGUUUGUUGGCUCCAUUGAAGACUUUUGGUUACACUGUUGAAUCCUUGGAGAUGCUGCUACUACCGAUGGCAAAGGACGGAGUUGAGUCCCUUGGUUCAAUGGGAAACGAUGCUCCAUUGGCUGUGAUGUCAAACAGAGAGAAACUCACAUUUGAGUAUUUCAAGCAGAUGUUUGCUCAAGUUACAAACCCUCCAAUUGAUCCUAUCCGGGAGAAGAUAGUCACUUCCAUGGAGUGCAUGAUUGGUCCAGAAGGUGAUCUCACUGAGACUACUGAAGAACAAUGUCAUCGCCUCUCGCUAAAAGGUCCCCUUUUAUCUAUUGAAGAAAUGGAAGCAAUUAAGAAGAUGAACUACAGAGGCUGGCGUAGCAAAGUUCUUGAUAUAACAUUUUCUAAAGAUCGUGGUAGUAAGGGCUUGGAGGAGACCUUGGAUAGGAUUUGUGCUGAGGCACAUGAUGCAAUUAAGGAGGGUUACAAAACGCUGGUGCUUUCUGACGGAGCCUUUUCAUCAAAACGAGUUGCUGUAAGUUCCCUUUUGGCUGUUGGUGCUGUCCAUCAUCAUUUAGUUAAAAAGCUUGAACGGACUCGAAUUGGGUUAAUCGUUGAAUCUGCUGAGCCCCGUGAAGUGCACCAUUUUUGUACUUUGGUUGGAUUCGGUGCGGAUGCUAUAUGCCCUUAUUUGGCCAUAGAGGCCAUUUGGAGACUUCAGGUUGAUGGGAAGAUUCCACCCAAAGCAAGUGGUGAAUUCCAGUCAAAGGAUGAGCUGAUCAAAAAGUACUUCAAAGCAAGCAACUAUGGCAUGAUGAAAGUUCUUGCCAAAAUGGGGAUUUCAACUUUGGCCUCGUACAAAGGUGCCCAGAUUUUCGAGGCGGUGGGGCUUUCAUCAGAAGUGAUGGAGCGGUGCUUUGCUGGAACUCCGAGCAGAGUUGAGGGAGCAACGUUUGAAGCGCUUGCCAAUGAUGUGCUUCAAUUGCACGAUCUAGCAUUUCCUACACGGGUUUUCCCUCCUGGAAGUGCUGAGGCUGUAUCAUUGCCCAAUCCUGGGGAUUAUCACUGGAGGAAAGGCGGUGAGGUCCACCUGAAUGACCCGCUUGCUAUAUCUAAGCUGCAAGAGGCUGCUAGAGUUAAUAGUGUGGCAGCCUAUAAAGAAUACUCUAAGCGCAUACAGGAAUUAAAUAAAAACUGCAAUUUGCGAGGGCUUUUGAAAUUUAUAGAGGCAGAGGUGAAAGUUCCUUUAGAUGAAGUGGAACCGGCCAGUGAGAUUGUGAAACGGUUUUGUACUGGAGCCAUGAGUUAUGGAUCAAUAUCUUUGGAGGCACACACCACCCUUGCCAUGGCUAUGAACAAGAUUGGGGGGAAAUCGAACACAGGUGAGGGAGGUGAGAACCCGUCUCGUAUGGAGCCUUUACCAAAUGGUUCAAUGAAUCCAAAAAGGAGUGCAAUUAAGCAGGUUGCAAGUGGAAGAUUCGGCGUUUCAAGUUACUACCUUACAAAUGCCGAUGAGCUACAGAUAAAAAUGGCUCAGGGAGCCAAGCCUGGUGAGGGCGGUGAACUUCCUGGCCACAAGGUUAUUGGAGACAUUGCCAUCACGAGGAAUUCCACUGCUGGGGUUGGAUUGAUCAGCCCCCCUCCCCAUCAUGAUAUCUAUUCAAUCGAAGACCUCGCUCAAUUGAUUCAUGAUCUUAAGAAUGCAAAUCCAGGGGCUCGAAUUAGUGUGAAGUUGGUAUCCGAAGCUGGUGUGGGAGUAAUUGCUAGUGGGGUUGUGAAGGGUCAUGCCGAUCAUGUCUUGAUCUCAGGUCAUGAUGGUGGUACAGGUGCUUCCCGAUGGACUGGCAUCAAGAGUGCUGGCCUCCCAUGGGAACUCGGUCUUGCUGAAACUCACCAAACUCUAGUUGCUAACGACCUUCGUGGCCGAACGGUCCUGCAGACUGAUGGCCAACUGAAAACCGGAAGAGAUGUGGCCAUUGCAGCUCUUCUUGGUGCAGAGGAGUUUGGUUUCAGCACAGCACCACUCAUCACACUUGGUUGCAUCAUGAUGCGCAAGUGUCACAAAAACACUUGUCCAGUUGGCAUUGCUACCCAAGAUCCAGUACUUAGGGAAAAGUUUGCUGGUGAACCUGAACAUGUAAUAAACUUUUUCUUCAUGCUAGCAGAGGAGGUGAGAGAAAUCAUGUCUCAGCUCGGAUUUAGGACCAUCAAUGAAAUGGUUGGUCGUUCGGAUAAGCUUGAGCUUGAUAAAGAAGUGACAAAGAACAGUGAGAAGCUAAAGAAUAUUGAUCUCUCCUUGUUACUUAGGCCUGCAGCUGACAUCCGCCCAGAAGCUGCCCAGUAUUGUGUACAGAAACAAGAUCAUGGUUUGGACAUGGCUUUGGAUAACAAACUCAUAACUCUGUCCAAUGCUGCUUUAGAAAAAGGCCUUCCUGUAUACAUUGAAACACCAAUUUGCAAUGUAAAUCGUGCGGUUGGAACAAUGCUUAGCCAUGAAGUGACAAAGCGCUAUCACAUGGCGGGCCUUCCUGCAGAUACAAUCCAUAUCAAACUCAAUGGAAGUGCGGGCCAGAGCCAUGGGGCUUUUCUUUGCCCAGGCAUCACGUUGGAGCUUGAAGGUGAUAGCAAUGACUAUGUUGGUAAAGGACUAUCAGGUGGAAAGAUUGUUGUUUAUCCUCCAAAAGGAAGCAAUUUUGAUCCAAAGGAAAACAUCGUGAUCGGUAACGUUGCUCUCUAUGGGGCAACAGUUGGGGAAGCAUACUUCAAUGGAAUGGCAGCAGAAAGAUUCUGUGUCCGUAAUUCUGGGGCAAAAGCAGUUGUAGAAGGUGUUGGUGAUCAUGGAUGCGAGUACAUGACUGGUGGGACCGUUGUUGUGCUUGGAAAAACCGGGAGGAAUUUUGCUGCAGGGAUGAGUGGUGGCAUUGCUUAUGUUCUUGAUGUCGAUGCCACGUUCCAAUCCCGAUGCAAUCCUGAGUUGGUGGAUCUCGAUAAAGUUGAAGAAGAAGAGGAUAUUAUGACUCUCAGAGUGAUGAUACAACAACAUCAGCGUCACACAAACAGCCAACUAGCUAGAGAAGUGCUUGCUGAUUUCGAUAAUAUUUUACCUAAAUUUGUUAAGGUCUUUCCUAGAGAUUAUAAACGGAUUCUUGCAAGCAUGAAAGAAGAGAAAAUUGCCAAAGAGGCUGCAUCGAGGGCUGCUAAUGAAGCUGAUGAGCAAGAAGAGGCAGAUUUAAUCAAAAAAGAUGCUUUUGAAGAGCUUAAGAAGUUGGCAGCUAUGUCCUCAAAUGGGAAAGAUGUUCCGAAUUUGCAGAAAGUUUCAGAGACAGAAUUGCCAACGAGGCCAACUCGAGUUCCCGAUGCUGUUAAAAAUAGAGGAUUCAUUAUUUAUGAGCGUGAGGGCGUCUCAUAUAGGGAUCCUAAUGUUCGGAUGAACGAUUGGAAGGAGGUCAUGGAAGAAGCCAAGCCUAGUCCACUUCUAAAGACACAAUCUGCUCGGUGUAUGGACUGCGGUACUCCUUUCUGCCAUCAGGAGAAUUCAGGAUGUCCUCUUGGGAAUAAAAUUCCUGAAUUCAACGAGUUGGUGUACCAAAAUAGAUGGCGUGAAGCAUUAGAUCGGCUUCUGGAGACUAAUAACUUCCCAGAGUUUACUGGUCGGGUGUGUCCUGCACCUUGUGAGGGUUCUUGUGUUCUUGGUAUUAUUGAGAAUCCUGUAUCUAUCAAGAACAUUGAAUGCUCUAUUAUAGAUAAGGCUUUCGAGGAAGGCUGGAUGGUGCCACGACCUCCCCUCAGAAGAACUGGGAAAAGAGUUGCUAUUGUUGGGAGUGGACCUGCCGGCUUGGCUGCUGCUGAUCAGUUGAAUAGAAUGGGUCAUUUUGUGACAGUUUUUGAGCGUGCUGAUCGAAUUGGGGGCCUUAUGAUGUAUGGAGUUCCUAACAUGAAGACCGAUAAGGUUGAUAUAGUUCAACGACGGGUUGACCUUAUGGCAAAGGAGGGUGUCAAUUUUGUGGUCAAUGCUAAUGUGGGAAAAGAUCCCAUGUACUCCCUUGAUCGGCUUCAAGAGGAGAAUGAUGCAAUUGUUUUAGCUGUAGGAGCCACAAAACCAAGGGAUCUUCCUGUACCCGGACGCGAGCUAUCAGGGGUUCAUUUUGCCAUGGAGUUUCUUCAUGCAAAUACCAAAAGUUUGCUUGAUAGCAAUCUUGAGGAUGGCAAAUACAUCUCUGCCAAGGGCAAGAAGGUAGUGGUAAUUGGUGGAGGCGAUACUGGUACAGAUUGCAUAGGAACAUCUAUCCGACAUGGCUGUACUAACAUUGUAAAUCUGGAGCUUCUCCCUCAGCCUCCUCGAACCAGAGCCCCGGGAAACCCUUGGCCACAGUGGCCUCGCAUAUUCCGUGUGGAUUAUGGGCACCAGGAAGCUGCUACCAAGUUUGGGAAAGAUCCCAGGUCUUAUGAGGUAUUAACUAAACGGUUUGUGGGAGAUGAGAAUGGGAAUGUGAAAGCACUUGAGGUGAUAUGUGUCCGUUGGGAGAAGGAUGCUGGUGGGAAGUUUCAGUUUAAAGAAAUUGAAGGCUCGGAGGAGAUGAUCGAGGCAGACCUAGUCCUACUCGCUAUGGGGUUCCUCGGUCCUGAAUCAACACUAUCGGAAAAACUGGGCUUGGAGCAAGACAAUCGUUCAAACUUCAAGGCAGAUUAUGGCCGCUUCUCAACCAACGUGAAUGGAGUCUUUGCAGCCGGGGAUUGCCGGCGAGGCCAAUCUCUGGUAGUUUGGGCCAUCUCAGAAGGCCGGCAAGCUGCUUCGCAGGUUGACAAGUACCUCAUGAGAGAUGGACAAGACAACACAACCAGUCUGGUCGAAAGGGGCAAGAGGCAACAAGAUAGCAGCAAACAGACAGUAAUGACAUAGAUAUAUAUAUAUAUAUAUAUGGAUGGAUCUGUUUAUCAAGAAAUAGACAGAUAGCUUUGUUUUCACAUCCUCAUAUUAGGCUCAUAGAUACAAAAGAACUCAAAAGAGUGCAACAGAGUGGGAUUUGCAGGGUUGGGUGGUAGGUUCUUUUGUGUGUUGUCUUGUGUUUAUAUUUUUGUGAGGGAGGUGGCUCUUGUGAUGGUUGAAAAGAAUGAUGUACAGUUUUUUCUUUGAUCUGUCAAUGGAAAUGGAAAUUAAUAUUAUGGAGAACUAUGCAAGAAAGCUGUUUUGUUAAUCGCA